AUGCGCUCGUUGUGGAUCGCGGACUCGCGCCGACGCGGGCGCGGGCGCGGGCGCUGGUGCUGGCCGGGCAGGUGCGAGUGGACGGGGCCGCCGUAUCGAAGGCGGGCGCGGCGUGCCCGACGACGCCGAUGUCACGCUGGCGGCGCCGGACCAUCCGUACGUCGGCCGGGGCGGGAUCAAGCUGGCGCACGCGCUCGACGCGCUCGGCGUAGUCGUGGCCGGCCGCACGGCCCUGGACGUCGGCGCGUCGACGGGCGGCUUCACCGACGUGUUGUUGCGACGCGGCGCGGCGCGGGUCGCGGCGCUCGAUGUCGGCCGCGGCCAGCUCGCGUGGAAGCUGCGCCAGGACCCGCGCGUAACGGUCAUCGAGGGCGUCAACGCCCGGGGACUCGACCCUGCAUCCCUGCCGCCGGCAUUCCAUCCGGUGGAUGUCGUCACGGUCGAUGUCUCGUUCAUCUCCCUGAGGCUGGUGCUGGCGCCGCUCCCACCGCUGCUCAGGCCCGACGGCGACGUCGUCGCGCUCGUCAAGCCGCAGUUCGAGGCCGGGCGCGCGGAAGUGGGCAGGCGCGGCGUGGUCACCGAUGCCGCGGUGCACAGACGCGUCGUGGAUGA